AUCACUUCACUGAGGCACAUCUCAAUUGCAGUACCUGCUACUGAUCUGCUGACAAAAGCUUUGCCACAGUCUGAGAUAUGAAUAACUCAACUGAUUACUGGAUUGAGGACGAGGAGGAUGAUCUCAACCCUCUUAUAGAUUACAGUACCUAUGAGUUUCUCUGUGAAAAAAGCAAUGUGAGAAAUUUCAGRAAAUUAUUCCUCCCAGUGUUCUACACACUGGCUUUCACAGUUGGGGUGGCUGGAAACUCAUUAGUGGUUGCAAUUUACGCCUACUGCAAGAAACCCAAGACRAAGACAGACGUGUACAUCAUGCACCUCGCCAUCGCUGACCUGCUCCUGCUCUUCACCCUCCCUUUUUGGGCUGCAAAUGCAGUGCAGGGAUGGGAACUUGGAAACCCAAUGUGCAAGCUCACUUCUUCUCURUACACCAUGAACUUCAGCUCCAGCAUGCUGUUCCUGGCCUGUAUUAGUGUGGAUAGAUACAGGGCCACUUCUGAAUCCCAGGGCCGUAGAAGAGUUGGCAAACACUGCAGUGUUACCUGCAUCUGUGUCUGGCUGGCUGCCAUGUUCCUCAGUAUCCCUGAGCUGAUUUUUAAUCAAGUCAAGAAACACAAUGACAGGAAUGAAUGCCUUCCUGUAUUUCCAAUCAACAUGGAAACACUCUUAAAAUCAACCAUUCAAAUCCUGGAAAUUAUCCUGGAAUUUCUGCUUCCUUUCCUAGUCAUGCUGAUCUGCUACUCCGCUACUGCUCGGGCAAUCUUUAGAUCUGCAAAUGUUAAGAAGUCCAGGCCUUUCAUGGUUCUGCUGGCAGUAGUGGCUGCUUUCAUUGUCACCCAGCUGCCCUACAACAUYGUGAAGCUGUGGCGAGCCAUAGAUAUCAUCUACAUGUUGGUUACGGACUGUGACACCAGUAAAGCCAUGGAUGUGGCACUCCAGGUCACCAAGAGCAUAGCAUUGUUCCACACCUGCCUGAACCCUCUCCUCUACACCUUUCUGGGAGCCUCCUUCAAAAUGCAUAUCAUGAAAAUCGCAAAAAAUUAUGGGAACUGGAGAAGACAGCAGCAGAAUGGAAGACCUGAAGAAAUUUCUAUGAAUUAUGAAGAAUCUACUGAAGAAACAAUCAGUUUCACUAUAUAGGCCCCCCAUUGCUUUCAUCUUCUUAUAUAACCAUGGACAUUGUUUACUAAUUCCAGGGGGUAUUGUUUCAGCAGCUGUUUCUCUGCAAGUCAACUUUCAGAUGGAUCUCUGAACCUGCCAAGACACUACAGUGCACUUCAAAGUGGAACAUGUUUAUCRGAGUCAAGCAUCAUGCAAGAACUCAAUACUGAAACAACCAGAGGUAUUUACUAAACAACAUCUAAACAAAAAACUACCCCCAAGAUUUCAAUUUCAAAGUGUCACAGUACUAGGCAAUUAAGUAACUUCUAAUGAACAAUCUGUAUACAUAUAAUCAUCUAAUUAAAACAGAGAAAGAAAGCAUCAGCAAUCAAACAGCAGUACAGCAACCUUUGCACCAGAAGUUAAUGAUCUUGUGUUCCUCCAACUAUUUUGUAAAACUUUAGAACAUUUGCCUAACAGCGCAGUUCCAUUUCUCAACUCAACUGUCAUUCCAUAGGUAGUUUUGCAGUUUGAAAUGAGGUAUAAGCUUAUGUUGAGAAUUGAGAAGGAGAGACACRGGGGGGAAAAGCCAUUCUCUAUGUGUUUCUAGAAAUGUAUUGCAGCAACAACAUCUUUCACAAAAAAAACCCCCAGUAACUCCUUUUCUAUAAUUACAGAAAAAUUACAGACCUUUCACCUCUUCUUUUCUGCUCACCCUAAACUUCAACAAGAGCAGUGCUCUAAGGGAAACACAUUCUAGAUCUCUGUAAAUGUAAGAAAAAGUUAAACUAAUCUCUAGAUACAAGGACUGGAUUUUCUAUUCAGARUUUUUGAAAUUGAUCAAGCACUGCAAUAACUGUAUCUCCUAAAAUAUACUGA